CCGCUCGCCGGCUCCAUCUGCAGAGCAAGAGCUGGAGGCGAGGAGCCGGGAUCUGGCCGCUCCUGCCAUCGCCGCUCCGUCUCCUGCUUCUCGGUCCCCCUGAGCCCUGGGCGGCAUGGCCCGGCGCAAAGCAGCCUCUGCUUUCCCGGCGCUUUGCUUCGGGGUCCUGCUGUGGAGCGGCAGCCUCCUGCCCUUGGCUUCCCCGCAGCAGCCGCCGCCGCCCCCGUCGCCGCCUCAGCGGGGGAGCGUGUGGUGCCCAAGCCGCUGCCUCUGCUUCCGCACCACGGUGCGCUGCAUGCACCUCAUGCUGGAGAGCGUCCCCGCCGUGUCGCCGCAGACCACCAUCCUAGAUUUGCGAUUUAAUAGAAUUAAAGAAAUCCAGCCUGGUGCAUUUAGACGGCUUAAAAAUCUGAAUACACUACUUCUAAACAACAAUCACAUCAAAAGAAUACCUACUGGAGCAUUUGAAGACCUUGAAAAUUUAAAAUAUCUCUAUUUGUACAAGAAUGAAAUCCAGUCAAUUGACAGGCAAGCAUUUAAAGGACUUGCCUCUCUAGAACAACUGUAUCUGCACUUUAAUCAGAUCGAAACCUUGGAACCAGAAUCAUUUGCCCAUCUUCCCAAACUUGAAAGAUUAUUUUUACAUAACAACAGAAUAUCCCAUUUAACUCCUGGAACAUUUAGUCAUUUGGAAUCUAUGAAAAGACUGCGUCUGGAUUCAAAUGCACUUCAUUGUGACUGUGAAAUACUUUGGCUGGCAGACUUGUUGAAGACGUAUGCCGAGUCUGGUAAUGCCCAAGCUGCAGCUACUUGUGAAUAUCCAAGGAGGAUCCAGGGAAGAUCAGUAGCCACAAUAACCCCAGAGGAACUUAACUGUGAGAGGCCAAGAAUUACAUCAGAGCCUCAGGAUGUAGAUGUUACCUCAGGGAACACCGUUUACUUCACUUGCAGAGCUGAAGGCAAUCCCAAACCAGAAAUUAUCUGGCUUCGAAACAAUAAUGAGCUUAGUAUGAAAGCAGAUUCCCGUUUGAAUUUGCUUGAUGAUGGCACACUGAUGAUCCAGAACACGCAGGAGACAGACCAAGGCAUUUACCAGUGCAUGGCAAAAAAUGUGGCUGGAGAAGUGAAAACUCAAGAAGUUACUUUGCGCUACUUUGGGUCACCAGCUAGGCCAAGUUUUGUGAUUCAUCCACAAAAUACAGAGGUACUGGUUGGAGAAAGUGUCACUUUAGAGUGUAGUGCAACUGGUCACCCCCAGCCACGUAUCACAUGGACAAAAGGUGACAGGACUCCUCUACCAAACAAUCCCCGCAUCACUAUUACUCCAUCAGGAGGGCUUUAUAUACAAAAUGUGGAUCAGGAAGAUGGCGGCGAGUAUACAUGUUUUGCAACCAACAGUAUAGAUAACAUCCAUGCAACUGCAUUUAUAAUUGUGCAAGCUGUGCCCCAGUUUACUGUGACUCCUCAAGACAGAGCAGUGAUUGAAGGGCAAACUGUUGAUUUCCCUUGUGAGGCUCAGGGCUACCCACAACCAGUUAUUGCAUGGACUAAAGGAGGAAGCCAGCUGUCUGUAGAUAGAAGGCACUUAGUCUUGUCAUCUGGAACCCUGAGGAUUUCCAGAGUUGCUUUACAUGACCAAGGCCAGUAUGAAUGUCAAGCUGUCAACAUUGUAGGAUCUCAAAGAGUUGCCGUACAUCUGAGUGUACAACCUAGAGUUACUCCUGUUUUUGCUAAUGUCCCAAGUGAUAUGACAGUUGAAGUUGGCACAAAUGUGCAGAUUCCUUGCAGUUCUCAAGGGGAACCUGAGCCAGUAAUAACAUGGAACAAGGAUGGUGUUCAAGUCACAGAAAGUGGAAAAUUUCAUGUUAGCCCUGAGGGAUUUCUUACUAUUCGUGAUGUCGGACCAGCAGAUGAAGGCCGUUAUGAAUGUGUUGCCCGGAAUACUAUUGGAUAUUCCUCAGUUAGUAUGGUACUAAGUGUGAACGUUCCUGAUGUCAGUCGGAAUGGAGAUCCGUUUGUAGCAAGCUCAAUUGUUGAAGCUAUUGCUACUGUUGACAGAGCAAUAAACUCGACACGCACACAUUUGUUUGACAGUCGCCCUCGCUCCCCAAAUGAUUUGCUAGCAUUAUUUCGAUACCCAAGAGAUCCUUACACUGUUGAGCAAGCAAGAGCAGGAGAGAUAUUUGAGAGGACAUUACAGCUAAUUCAAGAACACGUGCAAGAUGGUUUAAUGGUUGAUCUAAAUGGAACAAGCUAUCACUAUAAUGAUCUUGUAUCUCCACAGUACUUGAACCUGAUAGCUAACCUGUCAGGCUGCACAGCUCAUAGGCGUGUGAAUAACUGUUCAGAUAUGUGCUAUCAUCAGAAAUACAGGACACAUGAUGGAACCUGUAAUAAUCUGCAGCAUCCAAUGUGGGGAGCCUCACUGACAGCCUUUGAACGCUUAUUGAAGUCAGUCUAUGAAAAUGGAUUUAAUUUGCCAAGGGGGGUUGGAUCUAAUCGGCAUUACAAUGGAUUCACACUCCCGAUGCCUCGUUUAGUUUCAACUACUUUGAUAGGAACAGAAACAAUAACCCCCGAUGACCAGUUUAGUCAUAUGCUAAUGCAGUGGGGUCAAUUCCUGGAUCAUGACCUUGACUCUACAGUUGCUGCUCUAAGCGAAGCCAGGUUUUCUGAUGGUCAGCACUGCAGUUCAGUUUGUACAAAUGAUCCUCCAUGUUUCUCUAUCAUGAUCCCACCCAAUGAUCCUCGAGUCAGAAAUGGAGCACGGUGCAUGUUUUUUGUGCGUUCAAGUCCUGUGUGUGGAAGUGGCAUGACAUCACUUCUGAUGAAUUCCGUUUACCCCCGAGAGCAGAUUAACCAGCUGACUUCCUAUAUUGAUGCAUCCAAUGUAUAUGGUAGCUCAGACCAUGAGGCACAAGAAAUCAGAGACCUAGCCAGUCACAGGGGUCUUCUGAGACAGGGCAUUGUACAGAGAUCUGGAAAGCCUCUUCUUCCAUUUGCUACUGGUCCUCCAACAGAAUGCAUGAGAGAUGAAAACGAGAGCCCCAUUCCAUGCUUUUUAGCUGGCGAUCACCGUGCUAAUGAACAGCUGGGCCUCACCAGCAUGCAUACUCUAUGGUUUAGAGAACACAACAGAAUUGCUACAGAAUUACUGAAACUGAACCCACACUGGGAUGGGGAUACAAUAUAUCAUGAAACACGUAAAAUUGUGGGUGCAGAAAUGCAACACAUAACAUACAGCCACUGGCUACCUAAGAUUUUGGGAGAGGUAGGCCUAAAAAUGCUUGGCGAAUAUAAAGGGUAUGAUCCCAAUGUGAAUGCUGGCAUUACUAAUGAAUUUGCAACUGCUGCUUUUAGGUUUGGCCACACGCUCAUCAAUCCCAUACUGUAUCGCCUGGAUGAAAACUUUGAAACUAUCCCACAAGGCCAUAUUCCACUUCACAAAGCAUUCUUCUCUCCAUUUCGGAUUGUAAAUGAAGGUGGCAUUGAUCCUCUUCUAAGGGGUUUGUUUGGGGUUGCGGGUAAGAUGCGUGUGACAUCACAGCUGCUUAAUACAGAAUUGACGGAGAGGCUCUUCUCCAUGGCACGGGCAGUUGCUUUGGAUCUGGCAGCAAUGAAUAUCCAGAGGGCCAGAGAUCAUGGAAUCCCACCUUACCAUGAUUUCAGAGUUUACUGUAACCUGUCUUCUGCGCACACAUUUGAAGAUCUGAAAAAUGAAAUUAAGAAUCCUGAUAUCAGAGAGAAGCUUAGCAGAUUAUAUGGUUCACCACUGAACAUAGAUUUGUUUCCUGCUCUUAUGGUAGAAGAUUUAGUUCCUGGUAGCAGACUGGGGCCAACACUGAUGUGUCUCUUGAGUACGCAGUUUAAACGUCUCCGAGAUGGAGACAGGUUAUGGUAUGAGAACCCUGGCGUUUUUAGUCCACCUCAGUUGACACAGAUCAAGCAGACGUCCCUUGCCAGAAUCCUAUGUGACAACAGUGACAACAUAACCAAAGUGCAACGUGAUGUUUUUAGAGUAGCUGAGUUUCCGCAUGGAUAUGGAAGCUGUGAUGAAAUUCCGAAAGUGGAUCUUAGGAUGUGGCAAGAUUGCUGUGAAGACUGCAGGACAAGAGGACAGUUCAAUGCAUUUUCUUAUCAUUUCCGAGGAAGACGUUCUCUGGAUUAUAGUUUUCGUGAAGACAGACCGUCAAAGCAUGUGAAAAUGUCAAAAACACCAAGUUCUGCAAGAGAGAGUGCACAUUUUAAUAAUACCAUUUCAUCUUUUGAUGAGCGAAAAAAAUCAGCUGUGAUGAAUGACUUCAAAGAAUUUGUUGGAGAUAUGCAAAAAACUAUUACAGACCUCAGAAAACAGAUAAAGAAACUUGAAUCACGGCUGAGUACAACUGAAUGCACUGAUGAAAAAGGUAAAUCAUAUUCCAGUAACGAAGCCUGGAAAAAAGACCCAUGCACCACAUGUGAAUGCAAGGUUGGCCAAAUCACCUGUUACGUAGAAUCGUGUCCACCAAAUGAUUGCGCUGCACCAGUGAAGCUCAAAGGGGUUUGCUGCCCUGUCUGCUUAAAACAAACUCUUAGCAAGAAGCCCUAAGUCUGCUUUGUGGUUGUCACAUUAUCAAGUCAUUUGGAUAUCUGCUGAUGGCAAAUACAAGGAACAGUAGGCUUAAAACCGCAGCAACAAAUCAAGACAUUACAGGACAGCAUUCAAGUGACGGUGUAACAAUAUAAGAAAAUGUGUAAUUUUAUUUGCUUGCCCAAUGAAAAGCCAAAAUGAAAAGUAUUGAAAGGGAACACACCAUACACAUCAGGAUAAUUUUGUGUUAAAACUUCUCAGGUUCUACAAACUAAAAACUGGUGCUACUUUUUAAAGAAGCCUUUGGCAAGUGAUAUGAGGCUCCAAGACUUAUUUUUGUAUUUUCAUACACUGGUGGAAGAAAGGUAGGUGCCAUUUAAUUGGAUGAAACGAGGCCCACAACUUUGUCUUAAAAUACAAGACAUACUCAGUGGCCUUGUACAGAGCCCGCGGCGUACUAGCCACACCCCUCAGAUUGAGAUGGAGCUGAUCUGGGAUUCUCCUGAGAGUAACAUUUUACUUGACAACUUGGCAAGCCAGCUUUUUGUGGCAGUGUCAUUUCUGAUGGUUGGUGAAGCCAGAGAGUGAGCAUUUGCUACCAGUUUCUCCUUCUCCUUAACAGUAUUGAAGUCCUGCAGUUCCUCUUCUUUUAUGUCUUAAUAGAAUACUUGGGAGAUUAUCCAGAUUGUUACACCUAUAUAUAUAUAUAUAUAUAUAUAUUAAUUCCCCACUUGGUGCUUCAACAACAAAAAAAUGGCAAAAUGUAAAAUUAGUCUACAAAUUCAUAAGAGAAAACGUCUCUCAGCCGAAACAGCAAAACAACUAUAUCUAAAGCAUCUGUUUAGCUAGUUUGCGAUCGGAGUGAGAGGUGGAAGAGGAAUCUUCUCUUGGCUAUACACAUUACUGCCCUGACUACUGCACAUUUUUAACUUUUAAUUUCAUACACUUUUCAGAACUGCAUUUUUUUACCUUGUCCUGUGGACAAAUAUCAGUUCUAUCAGGCCAUUCCACAAUGUGUCCUUAGUUGAAGAGAAUAAUAUUCCCCAGCGAACUGCCUAUCAUCUGUGCUUAAUUUCUAGAAAAAUAUAUCUCAGAGUUUGUGUCUGUCUGACAAUACCAUUCUUUGAUCUUGAAUCCCUUCACCCUGAUCCAUGUUGUAUGGGGAGUCUCUGCAGUUACUCAGUAGUAAGAGGUACUCAGAGGCAGUUUCGCCAAGUUUUAAGUCAUGUAUUCCAUGCUUGAGACUUGCUGUUGAAAAUACCUGUGUGAACUGAUUGCUGGUGAGACAUUGCAUAAAUGAUGCCCUGUCUUACGUACAUAGAAUUCCUACUUUCUUCAGCCCUUUCCAUGCAAGGCAUCCAUUCUGCAAUCGCUGAGAGAUCAAAUGUGCCCAGAAUUAUACUAUAAUAUAGGUUGUUCUUACAAAAGACUGAAUAAUCCCGCACGGCCCAGUGAAACACUUGAGCACAUUACUCAAGCAUCAGAGCCUCACCUGCACAGGUACUUUCCCAGGUGAUGCUAAAUUGCAGCUCAAGAUUUCAUUAAUGUUGUUCACAGAACAUUGCUUUCCACAAUUAAUUAUGGUAAUUUAUACAGUCACACAAGGUGGGCGGGGUGGGGGGGAAGAGAUAUGAAGUUUCAUUGAACAUUUGUGUAAGGCACAGAUGGGUAAAAAUAAAUAAAUUUGUGAAAUGGUUAUUAAAACAAUGAAAUAUACUCUGCUGAGGUAUUUAGAAUAUUUCCCUUGAUUUAUGAAAAAAAAUCCUCAUAACGGCUUUUGAAAACAAGCCUUUUUUGACACUCAGUGUAACUUCUGAGUGGAUUUAGUUUUUAUAAUAGAGUGACCACUCAGCCCCUGUUUGCAAAUGUCCUCUUUAGGGCCUGCCUGCAGGAAUCAGAAUCACAUUGAUUCACUGUGCCUAGAAUAGCCACCUGUUGUUGUUUUUUUACUGGCAAGACUCAUAUGCCUUUAACAGUUGUAAGAAUUAUCUGCCUUUCAGUAGAAACAACAGUUUUUCCUGGCAUCAAGAUAAAAAAAUAGAAAAUGUUUCUUCUGUUAGGUUUAUGCCUGUUGUGCAGUUGUUAAGGUAUACUAUUCUUGAUUCUCUUGGUGUGGCACUACAUCCAUUUUUUUUAAUGUAGAGUGUACAGUAUGCCCAUGAAUAUGCUAGUCUGUAAUGCUAUCUUGAAAAUGUGAAAGUUAAAACAAAUUUGUGCUAUCCUAACAUAAAAGUGCUGCUUAAAUGCAGGGUCCUUUUAAUUUGGACAGCGAUUGGGAUUAUCUGAAAUAAGGCCUUGCGGAUAGCAGCAAAUGACAUCUACGGAUUAAUUCUAAAGGCUUGUUGCUGUAGGUGUGUUCCAGGCUAUACUGUGUCAUGAUUCUUCUGUCUGACUGAAACCUUCCCACACAGGGAUUAGACAUUUUUUUAAAAAAACAAACAAGUUUUGCUUUUGUGAUUCUUUAAUUUUAACUUCGUACAUGUUUUUUUUUCUUUGUCUUUGUGUCCCAAAAUGUUAACAGUUUCUCUCUUGUGAAUCUGUGUGCCCGGUUAAGAUUUUUUUAAAGCACUGUUACGUCUUUGUUAAGUUGUUUGUUUACUUCUGUAUCUUCAAUAUUGCCUCCUUAUAACCAAUAUGUAUUACUAAAUUCAGUGAAGGAAAACUCUCAUACCUCAUUUGACAGACAUGUUUUGUUUCAUUGAUGGUGCUUAUCCAAAAAACAAGCCUUAAUCAUGUAAUUCAGCAGUUUUUCCUGAUAGCCCUAGUACCAUCUGUACAAAGGCAAACUUUUGAAAAACGUGCUUUUUAAAAAAAUGUACUUAAUUUGUAUAACAAACCAAGUGUGCAAUUCAUUUCCAUUAACAGUAUUUUGGCACAUCAAAUUCCUGGCUGUGAUCAGUUUUCCAUUUCACAAAUGAAGCCAUUUGACAAAAGUCAAGAAAUAUAUGUAAUGGGGCAGCAACAGCAUCUGUAAAUGACCGUGUUAAGCCAAAUCGCAUAAAGAGUACAUAUGAGAUGACAACAAAUAUUGUUUAAGGUGAUUUUAUGAAGUGCCCUUGGGACAGAACGUGCAUGUUAAGUAUUAUACAUUACUGUAGGACUUACUACUCUUUCUCGAAGUCUGUUCAUCAAUACAUUUCUAUUUUGCUGAGACCCCAAAUCAUACCUUGAUUUUUGAGGUCAUUACCUCAAAUGCCUACAAAUUUAGAAUGCUUUCAAAGUAAGGGCAGAUAUCUUAACUUUGUUGCUACUAUAGAAAGCCAAUUAAUUUUUUUAAGUGAUUGAUCACCGUUUAAUUCCAAUGCUGUAUUGUAAAGAAAUCUGCUCAGGUAUUUCAGUCAUUUUAUGAUAUCUUUGCCAUGUAUACAUUAGCAGUGGAAAACAUACCUCUGUUUUUCCCUUUUGAAAUAAAGCAGGUAUCUAAUUGAUUCAGGUAGUAUGUAAAAUGGUAUGCAUUUCCACAUUAAUUUCUAUUUAAACAUCUGAUUGUAAAUUGGACUUAAGAAAUGGGUCUUAUUCCAAAAUAUAAAAGGAAAUCAAGCAUUGUACAAUGUGUUUGCCAUUUUCUGCUGACUCAAAACUCAUUUAAUAAGACAAUGGCCAAUGGCUAAAUGAUCAUUUCCUCAAUAUUUGUUCAGUUGCAAUUGUUCCAUAUUUAUUUACUUUUUAAAAAAUCCUACCAAAAGUGAAAUCUUGGUAAUUUUUUAUUGUAAUAAGUAAAUCUACCAAAGAGUUGUUUGCACUGUUAUGAAUGCUUCUCAUUUACAAUAAA